AUGGCGGACGCAGGAGGUGAAGGUGGCGAGUCUUCUGAGCGGCCCUCGUUCACCAACUUCUGGAAGCGAGUCAAGCAAAAGGAAAAGGACGUCGAGGGAGACGGCCAGAAGAAGAAGGGAAAGGGCAAGAAGGCGGAGACGCAAGACGACGUUGAAGGAGGAGGAGGAGCCGAACAACAACAAGAUGGAUCUCCCGAUCAGAAUCCAGAUCAGGAUGCCGACGAACCCACGGCCACGGGCGACGACGCCGCCGCCGCCAAAGACAAGGCCCAGAUCCGACGCGCCCAGGUCCGCAAGGCCCAGAUCCAGCACCGCCAGCGAAAGGCAAACUACGUCAAGCAGCUCGAGCUGGACGUGUCCCAGCUGCGGGACCUCAUCAACCAGACCCAGCAGGAGACGUCGCAGAUGCGCAAGGAGAACGACACCAUCCGAGACCUCAUCCGGGGGACCGAGCCCGUGAUGCCCCAGCAGCAGCAGCAGCCCUCCUUCACACACGCCGACUCGACCUACUUUUCCACCACGGGCUCCCCCGGCACGCGCCUCGGCGGCGGCGUGUCCGAGCUCGACGCCCAGGAAUGGCUCGCCGCGGGCGGCCAGCUGUCGGACCUGGACCUGAACCAGCAGCAGCCCCUGAUGCCCUCGACGUCCAACGAGCAGGAAAUGUUUGGCCACAUCAACCUCGACGACAUCACCGUGUCACUGGGCAUCAACGACCUGCUGGGCACGCCCUGCUUCACCAUCAACAACCCUCCUCCUCCCGCCGGCAGCAGCACGCACGGCUUCACGAGCCCGCCUAACUUCGAGAGCCCUCCCCUGACGCCGCCCCUGACUCCCCAACAAGAGCAGAUUGUCAUCAACUGGAUAUUAGCCCUCGAAAACGUCUGCUGGGACCACUUCCAAGCCAACGACUUCCACGAGCACAUCCCCGGCGAGGCCGAGCCCUCCAGCAACCACAUCCUGACCGCCACCUCCCUCCUCAUGAACGCCGCGCCCCCCUCCAUCUUCACCGACCGCCAGGUCUUCGCCGGCAUCGCCGACCCGGCCACCACCCAGGCGCCCACCUUCCAGUGGCACGCGCCCGCCGCCACCGGCAUCUCCAUCGCCUCGCUCUGGGCCCUCGCCCAGUUCGAGGUCGACCCGGCCGAGAUCUCGCCCGUCCAGAUCUGGUUCGACCUCGCGUCAAAGUACCCCUACGAGCUGCUCUUCGCCGACGGCCUGCUGACGUCGCUGCUCAUCGAGCUGAGGCCCUUUAUCAGGUGCAUCGAGUAUGGCGCCGCCGUCAACCGGCAGUUUUAUCUCGAUGUUGUGGAGAGGAUGAUUGGGCCGCCGCCUGUGGUGUGA